GAUUGGAGAAGAACAGUGCCCACGCCUUCUGGUGCAGUCACUGAAAGUAGGGGGAUAACUUCGGUGUUCUAAUACACUGCGCGGGCAACGAGCAGAUAAAAUGGGAGUGCGUGAGCAGGCGAAGAGCAUUUUAUUAUACCUCUGCAUCUGUAGUCAUGUUUGUACUGAAGAGUGGGAACUCACGCUGCUUCAUACCAACGAUGUCCACGCACGGGUUGAGGAGACAAGCAAGGACUCCGGCAAAUGCACCAAGCCUCCGUGUUUUGCCGGGGUGGCACGGAGAUUUACGAAAAUAAAGGAGAUCCGGAACCGAGAGAAAAAUGUGAUGCUGCUGGACGCAGGCGAUCAAUUUCAAGGAACCGUUUGGUUUAAUGUCUAUAAGGGAGCAGAGGCUGCACAUUUUAUGAACAAACUUGGCUACGAUGCAAUGGCUCUGGGGAAUCAUGAGUUUGACAAUAAAGUGGAGGGACUUAUCAAGCCGUUUCUCCAGGAGGUGAAGUGCACAGUCCUCAGUGCUAACAUCAAAGCAGACGACACACUAGCACCUCGCAUCAGUGGCCUUUAUUUCCCUUAUAAGGUAUUUGAUGUGGACUCUAAGAAAGUGGGCGUGGUGGGAUACACAUCAAAGGAGACGCCUGCUCUGUCACAAACAGGACCUAACUUAGUGUUUGAGGAUGAGAUUGAUGCUCUCCAGCUCCAGGUUGACAAACUAAUCACUUUGGGGGUCAACAAGAUUAUCGCCCUUGGUCACUCUGGCUUCGUUACAGACAAAGAAAUAGCCAGAAGGGUAAAGGGUGUGGAUGUGGUCAUCGGAGGACAUAGUAACACCUUUCUGUACACAGGAAAACAGCCUUCCUCUGAGGUCCCGGCAGGUCCCUACCCGGUCAUAGUAAGGUCAGAGGGUGGGCGUGACGUCCCUGUGGUGCAGGCCUUUGCCUUUGGGAAAUAUCUGGGUUACCUCAAGGUGACGUUUGACGAAGCUGGCAACGUGCUCCAGUCCACAGGCAACCCCAUCCUUCUGGACAGCUCUGUACCAGAGGAUCCCAGUAUUCUGGCUGAAGUAAAUGAGUGGAAAAAGGCCCUGGCAAAUUACUCCUCCCAGUAUGUGGGGGAGACCCUGGUGUAUCUCAAUGGAACGUUUGAAGAGUGCAGGUUCCGAGAGUGCAACCUGGGAAACCUAAUCUGUGACGCUAUGGUACACCACAACAUUAAAUAUGCAGAUGAGCUUCAAUGGAACCAUGUUAGCUCCUGCAUCCUCCAAGGGGGAUCGAUACGGUCAUCCAUAGAUGAGAGGAGUCGAAACGGUUCCAUCACGAUGGAGGACCUCAUUGCUGUUUUGCCGUUUGGAGGCACCUAUGAUCUGGUUCAGCUGAAGGGAUCUACUCUGAGGAAGACUUUUGAGCACUCCGUCAGGAGAUAUGGAGGGAACACAGGGGAAUUCCUUCAAGUAUCAGGAUUUCAUGUAGAGUAUGAUAUGUCGAGGCCCCCUGGGGAGCGUGCUAGGAGUAUUAGUGUGCUCUGUACGGACUGCCGGGUGCCAGUCUAUGAGCCUCUGGACGACAGAAGGCUAUACAAGGUGGUCCUGCCCUCAUACAUGGUGGAAGGAGGAGACGGAUUCUCCAUGAUUAAAGAGGAGAACCUGAAACAUGACAGCGGUGACAUGGACAUAUCGGUGGUGGCCAGCUACAUUGCUGAGAGGAAGAAGGUGCACCCGGCUAUAGAGGGACGUAUCAAGAUUUACAACUCAGCUUCAGGGGGGCCUGGUCACAUGGCUCUGUUAAUCAUGCUGGGGCUAGUGAUGGCUCUGUUUGGGAGACUAUGAGCGAUCCCUGGCUGCAAUCAUGAUGCAAAGCUCACCAUUGGAUAUGUUCUUCUCACCAACAGCAUUCAAGGGAAGAGCUCAACUCUAGUUAGUCUAUUGAGUACAAAUUGAACAGGGAUAUAUAUGGUGAAUGGAUAUUUCACCAAUGCUCUCAGAUUUUUCUUUCUAAAUACUGCAGUUUGAUAUGAAAUUCGCUAUUGAAACUUCAGGGAAAAUACUGUAAAUGUAUUAUCCUAUGGCUAAAACUAGAAAUGAUGCACUGGUAAGUCUCGUGUACAGUCGCUGCUGUCAAGCUCUUGGUCUGCGAUCCAGUUUGAGCAUAAACAUACAUUUGCUUAUGUACUCUAACAGAUGGAAACAGAUGACCGGUGCUUGUUUAAGUGUGUGCCCCUGGCAGAGCCUGCUUAACCAGCAUUAGGACUGAAGCGUUACAGGUUUUGGGUCAUUUCCGAUUGAGCCGACAUAUGCAGUCUCCGCUAACGGGGGACAUUGCCUUUAAAUAUCAAUCACGCUGUAACACCGAAUGUCCAUUAUACGGAUAGAAUAUACUUUGUUUAUGAGAUAGGGUGUCCAAACACAGAGCUCCGGAUAGUUGUCAAUAUUUUGAAGCUCUUUUAGAAAUAUAAUCUCUCAAGGUGGGAUAAACAAGUAGUGAUCAACCUUUUGUAAACAUUUAGAGAACUCUAUUUACAGGACAUACCCACUCAAAGUAACGAGGUAGCAGGAAACCGAUACACUUGGUAUUCUUGAUUCACACAGGAAACUGUUGAGUGAAAAACCCAGCAGCGUGGCAGUAUUUGACACAAACUGGUGCGCCCAGCACCCUAUUACCAUACCCCGUUCAAAGGCACUGAAAUAUUUUGUCUUGAUCAUUCAGAUUGAAGUGGAUUUAACAAGUGACAUCAAUAAGGGAUCCUAGCUUUCACCUGAUCAUGGAACAGGUGUUCUUAAUGUUUUGUACACCAAAGAGGGAAUGUUUUUCUCUGAGUUGUAAUUCCUAAAUAGCCUAUGAUAAAUUGUGACCUAACAUUUUAGAUUUGGUGUUGUGAUAUUGCAACAAGGUUGGUAAUAGUACAAUAUACUGAUGAUAUGUACCUAAAGCCUGAAGGUUAUACAGGUAAAUGAACAAAUUGUUCUCCUUACUGUUUUUUGAACGUCUAGCAGCCAUUUCUGCAUAUACAAACUAGUCACCAACUGUAACAAUUCAACAGUAAAAAUACCAAUAAAUUGUCAUGACCAAAAAAAAAAAAGAGCUCAUCUUAAACUCGUUAAAAACAAAGAAAAACACAUGAACUAUGAAAUGCCGCCCAGGCGUAAUUCCAUUGAAUGUAGUAUUUCUCAAAGGAAAGAAUUACAUAACAUCCCUCACAGUUACUCUUUAACUUGUGAGUGGUGUAACCUUGAGCUUUGCUGCUCUCACUAUUCAUCAGAUCUCUGUCAGGGCCACGGGGUAGAGUAGUAUUCUGAGGACAAGGACCAUUCUGUCUCUGGAUUGCUCACAGAAACACAAGCUUUAUUGUUCACAGGGGCCAGCUAUUAGUCUCCACUGAUGGCUCUGACCCAGCUGGCUCUGACCAGUGGGAAUGUACAUGGUGUUGCCAAUUACCACAUCCACGGAACACUGCAUGGAAAGUAUCUCCUUUUCACAGUGGACUAAAACAUUAUCAGGGCAGAAAUGAGUCUCCAAGGAGGGAAGGGAGAUGGAAAUCACAUUAGGUCAUAUGCAGGACACAAAACAAAACAGGUCUUAGUGCUCAGCUUAUUGCUCCAACCUGCUUCUCAGCUGUAAAAUGACACAAAUGAACCUACAGUUACCAUACAAAAUACAGAGACUGUUUAAAGACUAAUUGAAUCUGCCAUCUCACUUGGAGAAGGGAAGACAUCAAAAUUGACACAUCUAACUAAAGAUGGACCAGUUUGCAGGCAGCAAGGCAUUAUUAUAUCCAAUAAGUAAAAUAUUUGACCACCCAGUAAAAUCUAUAAAUAUAUUUUUAUUAAUGCAUUAUUAUACAUUGGAAUGUUGAUAUAUGCUCACAGAGACAUUGGAAUGUUGAUAUAUGCUCACAGAGACAUUGGAAUGUUGAUAUAUGCUCACAGAGACAUUGGAAUGUUGAUAUAUGCUCACAGAGACAUUGGAAUGUUGAUAUAUGCUCACAGAGACAUUGGAAUGUUGAUAUAUGCUCACAGAGACAUUGGAAUUUGCUGUAUUGCACUUUGGCUCCAGGAAAAGGAAGCAAGCUGUUCUCUAAAUUCACUGGUUACUGUCUGCCGACGGCUCCCCUUGUCCCUUCUGAAGAGACAACAUACAGUAUCAGCAGGGAGGUACACAACCUACAUCCUGUUACCGUUCUACUUUCACUUAAUUUAUAAAUGUCUAAAUAGUUUGGAAAAGACAUCCGGUUGAUUACCCCCUAGUUGAAACACAAAGUGAGUGUUUACUUUCAGGGGCCCUAUGGCAGAGAGAUGCUUAAGUUAAAUACAAUAUACAGUGCCUUGCUAAAGUAUUCAGACCCCUUGGAUUUCAUUGUGUUACAAAGUGGGAUUAAAACAGAUAUAAUUAUAUUAUUUUUGUCAACAAUAUACACAAAAUGUAAGGAACAUUUUAUUUCUUUAUUUUUUAUUAAUAAAAAAUAUAUAUAACUAACAGUUGUAUCAAUCUGCUUGAAACACUAUGGCAACACUUGAAUUGCUGUCUAGCCAUGAUCCCCAACAUCUUGACGGAGUAUGAAGAAUAUUUAUAAGGAAAAAUAAAAUAGGCAAAUAUUGAACAAUCGUGGUGUGCAAAGCUCUUAGACACUUACCCAAGAAGACUCACAGCUGUUAUCGCUCCUUAAGAGUUUCUAACAUGUAUGGACUCAGGGAGCUGAAUACUUAUGAAAUUACUAUAUUUUAUUUAUUACAUUUUUAUUAAUCAAAAAUAAAGUUUGUAUUUUUCAGACA